AUGCUGAGCUCAGUCUGCGUCUCGUCCUUCCGCGGGCGCCAGGGGGCCAGCAAGCAGCAGCCGGCGCCACCGCCGCAGCCGCCCGAGUUCCCCGCCGCCGCUGCCACCCGCCGCCGCCGCCGCAGCCCUGCGCAGCCCGGCCCUGCCGCGUCCACGGCGGGCCCCUCGGCACCCCGCGGGCCCGGGGGGCCGGCGCGCCGCCCAUGCCCCGGGCUGCCGGCGGCGGCCAUGGGGCGGCACGGCGGCGGCGGUGCGACAGCGGCAAGGAUCGUGAUCAACGUGGGCGGCGUGCGCCAUGAGACGUACCGCUCGACGCUGCGCACCCUGCCGGGGACGCGGCUGGCCGGCCUGACGGAGCCCGAGGCGGCGGCGCGCUUCGACUACGACCCGGGCGCCGACGAGUUCUUCUUCGACCGGCACCCGGGCGUCUUCGCCUACGUGCUCAACUACUACCGCACCGGCAAGCUGCACUGCCCGGCCGACGUGUGCGGGCCGCUGUUCGAGGAGGAGCUCGGCUUCUGGGGUAUCGACGAGACCGACGUGGAGGCCUGCUGCUGGAUGACCUACCGGCAGCACCGCGACGCCGAGGAGGCGCUCGACUCCUUCGAGGCGCCCGACCCCGCGGGCGCCGCCACCGCCGCCGCCGCCGCCGCGGGCGCCCACGAUGCGGGCCUGGACGAUGAGGCGGGCGCGGGCGGCGGCGGCCUGGACGGCGCGGGCGGCGAGCUCAAGCGCCUCUGCUUCCAGGACGCGGGCGGCGGCGGAGCCGGGGGGCCGCCAGGGGGCGCGGGCGGCGCGGGCGGCACGUGGUGGCGGCGCUGGCAGCCCCGCGUGUGGGCGCUCUUCGAGGACCCCUACUCGUCGCGGGCCGCCAGGUAUGUGGCCUUUGCCUCGCUCUUCUUCAUCCUCAUCUCCAUCACCACCUUCUGCCUGGAGACCCACGAGGGCUUCAUCCACAUCAGCAACAAGACGGUGACGCAGGCCUCGCCAAUCCCCGGGGCGCCGCCGGAGAACAUCACCAACGUGGAGGUGGAGACGGAGCCCUUCCUGACCUACGUGGAGGGCGUGUGCGUGGUCUGGUUCACCUUUGAGUUCCUGAUGCGCAUCACCUUCUGCCCGGACAAGGUGGAGUUCCUCAAGAGCAGCCUCAACAUCAUCGACUGCGUGGCCAUCCUGCCCUUCUACCUGGAGGUGGGCCUCUCGGGCCUGAGCUCCAAGGCCGCCAAGGACGUGCUGGGCUUCCUGCGGGUGGUGCGUUUCGUGCGCAUCCUGCGCAUCUUCAAGCUGACCCGGCACUUUGUGGGGCUGCGUGUGCUGGGCCACACGCUCCGGGCCAGCACCAACGAGUUCCUGCUGCUGAUCAUCUUCCUGGCCCUGGGCGUGCUCAUCUUCGCCACCAUGAUCUACUACGCCGAGCGCAUUGGCGCCGACCCCGAUGACAUCCUGGGCUCCAACCACACCUACUUCAAAAACAUCCCCAUCGGCUUCUGGUGGGCCGUGGUCACCAUGACGACGCUGGGCUAUGGAGACAUGUACCCCAAGACCUGGUCGGGGAUGCUGGUGGGGGCGCUAUGCGCCCUGGCUGGCGUGCUCACCAUCGCCAUGCCGGUGCCCGUCAUCGUCAACAACUUUGGCAUGUACUACUCGCUGGCCAUGGCCAAGCAGAAGCUGCCCAAGAAGAAGAACAAACACAUCCCCCGGCCCCCGCAGCCCGGCUCGCCCAACUACUGCAAGCCUGACCCACCCCCGCCGCCCCCGCCCCACCCCCACCACGGCAGUGGCGGCAUCAGUCCCCCGCCACCCAUCACCCCACCCUCCGUGGGGGUGACUGUGACCGGGGCCCACCCGCCGGGGCCCCACACGCACCCCGGGCUGCUCAGGGGGGGAGCAGGGGGGCUCGGGAUCAUGGGGCUGCCUCCUCUGCCGGCCCCCGGGGAGCCAUGCCCACUGGCUCAGGAGGAGGUGAUUGAGAUCAACCGGGCAGACCCCCGCCCCAAUGGGGAUCCAGCAGCCGCCGCGCUUGCCCACGAGGACUGCCCUGCCAUCGACCAGCCCGCCAUGUCCCCCGAGGACAAGAGCCCCCUCACCCCUGGCAGCCGGGGCCGCUACAGCCGGGACCGAGCCUGCUUCCUCCUCACCGACUACGCCCCUUCCCCCGACGGCUCCAUCCGAAAAGCCACCAGUGCUCCCCCACUGCCCCCCCAAGACUGGCGUAAGCCAGGGCCCCCCAGCUUCUUGCCCGACCUCAACGCCAACGCCGCGGCCUGGAUAUCCCCUUAAUGGACGAACCCCCUUCCCCCAGGGGUAAGUAGCCCCCACCUUCGGAUCUCCUUCCUCUGACUCCGCCUUCCCGACUAACCCCUCUGAGAACAAGCAGCACCCCCACUGACCAACCCCCCCCCCCCACUGUGAACAUCCAGUUAACCACAGCCCCUGACACUGACCCCAUGCCCAGCCACCCCAGGACUUGCCAUGCCCCUCACUAACCCCAGACCCCCACACCUGGUGCCUGACCUCCCUGCCCCUCCCGUCAUGAGUGAGCCCCAUCCUCACCCCAUCCACAGCUCUCCUGCCUCCCCCUUGACUUCUUUAUUCAACCAGGAAAACGGGGUGCACACUCGGGACAUUUCUGGGUGUGGGCCGGGGUGAGAAAGGCUCAGCCCUCCGCCCAGUUUGCUAAUUCAGCCCACACUUCCAAAGCACCCGUAUAUUCCAGGGGGGUGCCAGGCACCGGGAAUUCAACAGAGAGCAAAGUCGGCCUGCAUCCCACCCCCCGCCCCAGGAGCCCCCAGUUUUACGAGGAAGGCCCAGAGCCAGGCAGCCACUCUGAGGGGGUCAG